UGACAUUGAACUUUAUUUUUUUGGUAUAAAGAAGAAUCAGAAUUCUCUCUGUCUCUUUUCUUUAAUGAAUAAAAAGUAUAUUCUAUUUACAUUACAGAUCUGCUCUUGGAUUUCGGAUUCUUCUUCUGCAAAACUUGAAGACGAAGGUCUUAUCUUCUUCACUGGCAUUUUCUCGGUAAUGGGUUUUUCACUGAAGCUCUCAUGCUGAAUUAAGCAAACGAGUCUUGAUACAAAAGUUCAGAUUCUUUGUAUUGUGGUCUGAAUCGGUGAGAGAUGAUUCAAAUGGACGGUGGAGAUAGGCUAAGAGUGACGUUAUUAGAUCGUAUGUCAACAACAACGGUGGAGACUAACCGGAGCUCGUUAACGGGUUUAACUCUAGAAGCUAUUCUAAUGUCUGACAAAAACGUAACCACUCCGUCGCCGGGGAUUCUUCCGCCACCACCACCGCCGCCGUCUUCAAGGAAUCAAUCGAACAGGACACUUCUUGAUGUAAUGCAGAGAGAGCACCGACACGACCGACACAAUCGAGACAAAACCGCUUGGAAAAGUCUCCGUGAAAAGCUCCGUCUUAAACGUAACGCUACUGUUUGGAUCUCGGCUAAUCCUAUCCCGGUUUUGGAUAAUACACCUAUCCCUAACCGGGAUAACGAAAACCACCAACUCGGUUUUCUCCUGACGGAGGAAGCUUCGUCGGUGGAAGGAAGGGUUCGGUUAGGAGCUGUGUUGGCGGAGGAGAGAGCUUUAUCAGCGAGAGAAGAGGAAACGUCGCAUGAAGUGGAGCCGGCGAGGAUGUCUUUGAUGGAGUUGUUAGAGGAGAACGAAGAGCAGAUGAGUUUGGUUUGUGUUGAAGGAGAGACGGAGGAGAUGGAGACGGUGACGGCGGCGGAGAUAAGUUGUUGUGUGUGUAUGGUGAGAAGCAAAGGAGCUGCGUUUAUUCCGUGUGGUCAUACGUUUUGUAGGUUGUGUUCGAGAGAGCUUUGGGUUCAAAGAGGGAACUGUCCUCUUUGUAAUACCACAAUUUUAGAAGUUCUUGAUCUUUUUUAAGAUUGGUUCUGUCAAUUUUUAUUACCUUAAUUUAUCAUAAUCAGGUCGUUUCGUUUGUUGUUGUA